AUGCAACAAUCUGAAGCAGCCUGCCAAUUGCAACGGACUGAUGCUACCACAACGCAACAGGAGUAUGUACCCAACCCCUCAGCUGCAACAGAUUCCCCACAACGAACUGAAAACACUGGAAACACCGGCUCAGUCAGCGGUAGCAACAACCCUAUCAUUGUUGGUUCAAGUGGAGUUAACAUCAAUUACAACUACCCGUUGGAGGGACCAGGAGUGCCUGCACCCAGACCUCAGCAUAGUCAGAGACAAGACCAAGAACCAAGGCAGAGGACUCCUGAUCCUAGCUACCAAGAUGUCGGUAACAAGACUAGCGACAUUUUGAAGAGAGUUUAUAAAACAACAGGCAGUUACGUUCAGUUGUUGCCUGGGGUUGAUAAUGACCAAAUGCACAUAGCUGGUAUAUACACUAAAGUACAGUUAGAAACACGGGAAGGGGUGGCAGUGACUGGCCAGAAAGGAGAAACUGUAAACUCAACAGAGUAUGAAAAAAUAUUCAGAUUAAGGACAAAAACUGGGGAACUCAUCAAACGCCUUGUUUUCUUUGGCAUGGGAGGUGUCGGGAAGUCAACCAUUUUUGAUAAGAUUGCAUUUGACUGGGCCGAUCAGACAAGCAAAAUCCUGAACGGAUUCAAGCUUGUCUUUCUUUUAAAGAUGUGUGCCCUGUCGCAAAAAUCAGAUCUCGUUGAUUCCACAUUCGAUCAACUUCUAGGCGAAAAGUCAAAAAUAGAAAAAGGUGAACUUGAUGAAUUCAUCCUUGCCAACCCAAAUGAGGUCUUGAUUCUUUUGGAUGGUUUUGAUGAAAUGACGACCAAAACACUCGAUGCCGCCUCAUUCGGUUUUAUACUAAAAGCACUCAAUAGAAUAGUAUACCAGGAAUGUUUCAUCUGUGUAUCGACACGCCCCUCUCGUCUUGAGACACUGAUGUCAACAUCACUUGUCCAAAAUCCUUGCACACAUGUAGAGGUUCUGGGGUUUACCGACGACGAUGUUAAAGAAUACGUUCAGAAAUUCUAUGAAAAAAUAGAUCCCGAUAGUGGCAAAGAAUUAAUCCAAACCGUCGGAAAGUCCAACACGCUGCGUGAUUUCGCGACAAACCCAAUGUUGCUACUUCUUAUCUGCUUGUUGUGGAGGGAGAGUAAACAACUCCCUGAAACAACUUCACGUCUUUUCACUAAGGCAGUAAAUUACAUGUUCACAAGAAAAGACGAGGACAAGAAGAGAGCAUCAGAUGUGAGCGUAACAGAGAAGUCAGAAACUUUGAAUGCGAUAGGACAAACUGCGCUGCGUGGACUCAUGGAUGCCAACCAGAAAUUCUCAUUUCAAGAAGAUGAGUUUGAACCGAAGUCACUGGACUUAGCACUAAAAGCAGGCAUCCUUACCCAGCAGAGAGUUAUCAAAAACCUUGAAUCCCACAACAAUAUACAGUUCACGCACAAGACAAUGCAGGAAUACUGCGCUGCGAGAUACUUACAGAGUAUACAUAUGUCAAACAAGGGACUUUUAAAGCGCAUGUUGUGCAAAGUUGUACCAUCUCAAGAAUUUAAAAACACUUUAGGGCAACUUUGUCAGACAAUUGAGGGCGUCGUUUCAAAUGAGUUUCUCGUUCGUUUUUGUUGUGGUGACAAUGAGAAGUGCAUGACGGACAUCGUAAACUUGCUUGACCUUAAGUUCAAUAAAGAUGAGUCUAGGUACCAAUCAAAUAUAGUGCAGGCGAUAUGUCGAAACUGCUUCUUUGAAAGCCAAUCAGCAAGGGCCCCACGGUGUCUCACCAGCGAUUCGCAUAUCCCAUCAAAUAUCACUGUGGGUAACAGUAAUGAAUUUCGCAGUCUCAUAUACCUUCUAGAAAUCAUCUGUAGGUCAGACAGCCGCACAGAACAACUGGCACGCGUUGAGACUAUUCAGGUUUUUCGCGUGACUCGAUAUCCGGUCAGUGAUUUAGCUGUCGCCCUGGGUUACAUGGAAAACCUCAGGGAUCUCAGGCUUAAGGAAUGUCUUUCAGAGAAGGGCGCUCUUGAGAAAACCCUACCGUCGAUAUGUAGCCAACACUUCACCAUGCUUAUCAUAGAGGAUGGCAAUACACUGGGAGGUAGAGCUGCAGAGUGGGCCCCUCAUAUCAAACACUUGGCAAGCCUAGAAAAACUUCAAAUAAAAAGCUGCGAACUACAGGGAACAGAUAUUAAACACAUUGCUUUGGCUGUAGGUGACAUGCCAAAUCUGACUGACUUGAUCCUUGAUGAAAACCAGACAUUGAGCGGAUCGGCUGACUCGUGGAACAAAGAAAUGCCGACUCCAAUAACGCAGCACUUAAAAAGGCUGAACCUCAGCAAAUGCAAUUUGACGUGGAAAGACUUUGAAUACAUUGCCUCGGCUGUAGGUGACAUGUCCAACCUGACUGACUUGAUCCUGUAUGGCAACCGCCGAUUGGGCGGAUCGGCUGGGUCUGCCAAGAAAUUGCCGAAAAUGACGCACUUAAGGAGGCUGGACCUGGGCGGUUCCAAUUUGGAAACGACAGACAUUGAACACAUUGCCUCGGCUGUAGGUGACAUGCCCGAACUAACUGACUUGGGCCUUACUUUCAACGGGACAUUGGCCUCCUCGGCUUUACUGUGGGCCAAGGAACUGCCAAAAAUGAAACACUUAAAUAGGCUAGACCUGACUUAUUGCCAUUUGAAUGAGACAGACAUUGAACACAUUGCCGUGGCUGUACGUGACAUGCCCGUACUGACAGACUUGAACCUUAACAGCAACUGGGUAUUUUCUGAUUUGGAUGGGUUAUUGUCCCACUUUCCGUCGCUCCGGGGUCACGUGAAAACUUAAACUCUAUUUCGUUUCAUGUAAAACGCUGGGUAGGCCUAAUGAAACAUUUGGAAAAUGCGAAAAACCCAAAUUAGGCAAAGUUUGUGAAACCUUUGGUCAAUCCCUUGUAAAUUGAAUCAAUACUGACGCACAAAAUGCUUGAAGCUUUUGAUGUGUCAGUCAGCCAAAUAUUGGGUGAAAUUUUACGAUGGGAUUGUUUUUACCCCAACUGAGUUGGUUACGAGUUUUGUAUUUGGUUGGGCACAUAAAAAGGUAUAUUAUCUUGUAGCCCAUACAGGUUGCAAAGUGUUAAAUUCGUUGAAGUUGGUCAUUUCUGGUAGCAUUUUUGGUCAUUCAAUUAUUGUUUAAGUUAUGUUUUAGCAAUGCACACUGUCCUAUAUUGGUGAAUAAGGAUUGGCCCCAAAUUAGAACAAAUGAGUUUACUGUAAUUACCCAAUUGUGAGUAGCUUGUCUUCAAGCUUUGAAUUGCCCAUCAACAGGCCAUUAAUUUGAAUGCCGACAGAAAAGCGAAAAAUUUGCGAAUUUAAAGUUUCAGUUGUCCACAAUGCAGCUAAUUAGGGAGCUCAAAGUUGAGAUACAUAUCACCUUAUCCAUGAAGUAUUAAAAAAAUACUCUAUGUUUCAAUGUGCAAACAACGAGAGUCCGAUACCAUUGAGUUGGCUCAUUCAAAAUAAUAGAACGAAAUUAAGUUUUUGUUCAUGUCGAAUUAAAAUGAAAAUUUCCGAAACGAAAAACACUCAACGGCCAUUUUCGGAAUCGAAAAGGACAACGUCACGCAUAUCAAUUAAAACUUUAUGCAACUUGACGAAUUUCGAUGCUUUGCUCUCCUUUUGCCGCAUCAGUAUUCUUACUUCUUUGUAAAUGAAGACACAUUUCGCGCGUGGUAUCAAGCACAUGGCAAAAACGCGUAGUCCGUCCAAGAUGCCUAACCACCUACGGCGAGGCCUAAUCUUUUCAGUUCCACUUUCGGCUGUUCUUUGUAAAUGAAGACACAUUUCGCGCGUGGCGUCACGCACAUGGCAAAGUACCAACACAUAGUAUUCAGUCCAAGAUGUCCAGCCACCGACUUCGUCAAAAACUCCUGGGUCGGAUCGACCCAGAAUCUAAUCUAUAUUUGCCCAGUCCUUUUCCCGGUCAAAAAUGGCACUUUUCUGGGUCAAAAUGAACAAUAGACAACUAUCAUUUUUGACCCGGAAAAGAGGCAUUUUUGACCAGGAAAAUGACUGGGCAGACAUAGAUUUAGAGUGUUUAGAACCGCUAGGUCUAAUCUUGUCAGUUCCGCCUUCGGUUUUUCGGCAUGUAUUUGAAACAGGUUGGAAAUUUUGCUUUUAACGCGAAUUAGUUUCUGUUUUGGAUGUCAUGGUCCUAUUUUUAAGUCUUCGGAAGACCACAGGUUAAUAUGUUCACCAGCAGAGUGUUGGGCAAACAGAUUGUUACAAAAUGGUCAAAGCCCUUCCUCCAGCUUCUUUAUUAGUGAAAAAGACCUUCUAAAAUGCGGUUGGGCAAUAUUCACCAGAAGAUGUGAAGUUGAUAUUUAUACACCAAAUUGUUUAGGGUGAAAAAUUUGGCAAAACUUUCAAAAUCUCAAACUUGUGUACAAAAUCAGGGACUUGUACAAAUUCCAAAGAACAAAAUGGAUCCUUAAAACAAAUGUGUCAUUCAAGGACGCCUGUAAAUUCAAACAUAAACACCGUAACACAUUCUCGAUUCAGAUCGUCAGCAAAGUCACGCAGCGUGUUAGACAAUUAACUCAUUUAGCUGUUCGCCCCGUGGUUUGUUAUCCAUUUCAAAGUUGCUCUCAUAAAAGUCUCUGGUCAGAUUUGACCCCAGGUCAGAUUGGACGUGACACUCUUCUGGGUCAAAAUGACACUUUACUGAUCAAAACGACAAUUAUCUGUGCCAAGUGACCGCAAAUGUGACUCGGAAAAGUGUCAUUUUGACCAGGAAGCGUGUCAGGUCAAAUCUGACCCGGAUUCGUGUCCAAUCUGACCCGGGACUUUUUAGAGUGUAUAUGAUUUGCCGAUUGUGCAUCUGCAAACAUUUCAAAUUAACUCACAAUUUGUAAAGACUUCAAAUCUCUACGCGUGUGCAAGAAAACCCCACUAAGUCGAUACACAGGUGAUGCAUGGUACUCGUUGAUUUAUUAUCAAACACUGAGGCUGUAUGGGUGGUUUGGUCCAUUUCCUUCACAAGUUGAAAAAGGUUGGCCAGACAACAAUUUGUAUGUAUGUAUCACGUUAAAACAAUGAGUGCGCUUUGGGUGUUUUUUUUUUUGUGGGGGGGAUUAAUCCAACCAUUGAUGAUUCAUGUACAUUUUUGUAAAUACAA